AUGGCGGAUGACCAAACAUCUCUGCAAGCAGAUAUUCCAGCCCACUUCUUACAUUCACCAACCUCACAAGAUGAUUUGCAUUUACCUCAGACUAUCGCCCAUCGCGGGUAUAAGGGCCAAUACCCCGAAAAUACCAUCUGCGCCAUUGAUAAAGCAAUCACAGCAGGAACGCAUGCUCUUGAGUUAGAUUUGCACCUCUCUCGGGACGGAGUCGUUGUUUUGUCACAUGAUGUGCUAUUGCAACGUUGCUUUGGUAUCAAGAAAAGAGUUUCUGACUGCGACUGGGACUACUUGAAAACUCUUCGUACAUUGCAAGCACCGCAUGAGCCGAUGCCGCGGUUACUAGACGUCUUAGAAUAUCUGCGACAACCCGGCCGUGAAAGUGUCUGGGUUCUGCUGGACAUCAAACUUCAAAAUGAUCCUGCUACAAUUAUGCAGGGUAUCGCCAAGGUGGUCGAGUCAGUGCCCAUUCCGGCUAUAGGCCCAGAUUGGCAUCGACGCCUUGUUCUUGGCUGCUGGUCAGCCCGAUAUCUACCCCCUCGUGCCAAGUAUCUCCCCCGGUACGAGAUGGCGCUGAUAUGUGUUGACUUGAGCUAUGCUCGCCAGUUCCUGCACGUGCCUCGCAUUUCAUUCAAUAUCCAUCAAAAAAGCUUGAUGGGUCCGUUAGGUCGUGGGUUCUUGGAGGAGGCGCGUGCGGCUCGUCGUAAGGUGUAUCUAUGGACAGUGAACGCGCCAAAUUUGAUGAGAUGGGGUAUCAGACACCAGGUAGAUGGUAUUAUCACAGAUGACCCACUGCGGUAUCAAGAAGUCCGCGAGCAGUGGGCGUCGGAACAGAGGAAAGGAGCGCUUGCCUCUUCCAAUCCAAAGGCAGAUCGCCUGACCUUGGGACAACAAGUUGAGAUCAUUCUAGUGGCGGUUUAUGUCCUCACGUUUGGCUGGUUCCUCAAGCGCAAAUAUCUUCCAACGGUGGAGCGUGUACGCAUCGAGGAGCGAAAGAUGGCGUGA